AUGGCGUGGUCUGGUGACUUUGUGAACAAGUUGACAUGGCGCCUCAAGGCACUUGGUGCCCCCAAGGUGCUGGUCCUUGCGGUGCUAUUAACCAUUUGGACUGAGAUCCCUUCAAAGAGCUGGGAGGACACCACACCGUUCGCCUUCGUGGAGACCUUUGCGGGGCAGGCAGAGGUAACUCGUGCGUUCCGGGAAUCCAACUACCGUUGUGCCCGACUGGAUCUCCUUUACAUGGAUGGCAACAAAGAUGGUGGUAGUGGUAACCCAAUGGAUCUUUGUACCCCUGAAGGCAUGGCGACAGCUCUGGCCACCAUGUUGAGGGGGGAUUGGAUCAAUGGAUGGUUGGCCCACUUUGGUUUGAAAUGCUCCACAUGGACGGCAGUGAAUUCUGGUACUUCCAGCCGUGGACCUUGCUGUUCAAUUGGAAACAUGAGUUUUCCAAGCGUGAGGGAAGGCAAUUGUCUAGGAAGUCGGAUGGUAUUGCUAAUGAUGGUGGUCGUAUGCCUCAAUGGAGUCAUCACGCUCGAGCAGCCCAAUUCAAGCUACUUUGAGUUCUAUCCCCGCUUCAGGGAGCUGGUGUGCAUGUUGCAGAAAUGGGGAGGUCAAACGGCAGUGCACAAGGCCAGCUGGCACAUGUGGCAUUAUGGAGGUAAAACUCCCAAGCCUCACUAUGCCUUUGCCAAUUCAAGGCAUAUUGCCAGGCUGAAUGCUGGGAAGUUGAAAGGGUGGGCAAAACACAAAAAGGCCAUGGAAGAACAUGGAGAAUCUCAUACGUUGGUGGAGAAAUAUACUGAUUCAGAGGGACGGCAGCGCUGGAAGGGGACAAGCAAACUGCGUGGAUCGGAGAACUACCCGCCAGCGUUUGGCAAGAAGUUCGUUGACCUGUUCCAAGACCUUGUGGCCGACCAGCGUGGGAUGCCCGUGUUACCAGCUUCAAUCCCCACCACUGAGGAAAUCUUCAGUAGCAUGAGUUUCGAAGAUAAUUGGGGCGAGGCCCAUAUGACGGCCGUAUGCCAUUAUCUCCGUUCGGGGGUCCAUUUAAAGAUUCCUGACAGCUUUCGAGAUUUGCUGCCAGUGAAACUUUAG